UAAAAAUUAUUUAAAUUAAUACCAUACAGUUGGACGCGCUAAGGCUGUAGGGUGCGUGCUUGUUAUUUAUGAGAGUAUGCAUGAACGUGUAGGGGGUGGAGAUAUAUACUUAAUCAGGUGAUACAUACGUAUGUGAUGCAAAAGAGUUACUGACGUAUUGAACUGUAUUCGAGUACUUGGGGGUACCUUGCACUUAGACAUACUCAAUACAUUACACCAAGAUCAAGAUGGCGACACUCUCAAACACACGAGUGAACUCUCGUAAGGAGAAACUAGUAGAAGGACUGCAUGCCAAAUGGGAGACAAGUGCACCUUUAACUGAUUUUCAAUCAGAUCAAAUUGUUGACCUGGCUGCCUUAGUCUCUGAGGCACUAUCUCCCCCUAGCAACGACAACGACCCACACACCAGCACGAGUCUGGACAAGAAUAACAGUAUCGGCCGAGAUUCUAUACAUUCUAUUACCGAGUUAUCUAGUAAUAAUAGUGGGAAUACAGGUGCAAAUAGCUAUACUAUGGCACAAAGCGAGAGAGACAGCAUUGAUAGUCUGUCCGGCGGGGGUCUUGGGAUAGCACGCUCAAGGAGUAUUGCAAGCUCGGGCGAGGGAGACGUAGUGGAUACUAAUUUGGACCCUGUGGUCCACACACACCAUUUCUAUGCUUGGUUUGCCAAUGUAGAGAGUGCAAUGGAUGUGGAACAGGAAUCCAUGUAUAGGUGA